UCAUCGCAGUAUCGCAACGUAGAAACAUCCUUCACUGAUCCGUGUGUUGGCGGAAAUGCCAUAUAUAUCCUUCGUUCCAAACCCGUGGACCAGAAGGAUGUGUUUGACGUCGCACAUAUCGCGUACACCAUCCGACGGUCCAUCGAAGAUGGCCGAGAUCCGGCCUUUAUAGGAGAAUAUAUGUCCGCCGCGAGUUAUCUCAUGAAUGAAGCCGCCAACGCAGAUCGUUCAAUGUUCUUUGCACCCGAGCUUCAGACAUUAUCCGUCAACUCG